UCGGUCUUGUGCGUCCUCCAUACUUUUGCACUUAUCUUAUCAACGAGCUGCGCUGCUGAGCGUUCGUACACAUCGCUGGCUGUAUGUCCACUAAUAUAUUUAAGCACUGCGGAAGAAACGCUCGGUGUAGAACUACGGGGCGAAAUCUCAUCGGGAGUGACAAAAUUGAUAACAUAGAAAACGAAAAAAUGCCUGAUGCUCCGGACGGAGGCUGGGGAUGGGUCGUUGUGGCGGCCGUCACGAUAAGCAACCUGGCGUUACUACCGAUUCAACAAUGUUUUGGUCUCGUAUUCGAAGAGCAGUUUUCAAAACUGGGUAUCACCGCGACGGAAAUAUCGGUUAUAGUGCACCUGAAUGCGACAGUGAUGAACAGUUUGGGUCUGAUUAACGGACCGUUGUUGAAAAAGUUUUCGUUUCGGAUCGUCGCCAGCCUGGGAACCACCUUCAUUUUUUGUGGAAUUUUUCUCGCCGCGUUCUCUAACUCCUUGGAAACCAUUGCCGUUGCGUACUGCAUAUUUAUAGCCAUCGGGCAGGGGAUGAUGUACCCGGCGAUCGGUCUCGCUUUGAACACCUAUUUCAGCAAAAAAAGAAGCGUAGCGAUGGGACUGACCAUUACGAUGACCGGAUUGGGCCCGAUUGUAAUGCCGCAGUUGAUCGCCAAACUUUUGGAAAGUUACGCGACGACCGGGACGCUUUUGAUCCUGGCGGGAAUAGCUUUGCAUUCCUAUAUCGGAGCCUGUUUAUUGUGGCCCCUCAUUACCAGAAAGAUUUUGGACGUAGAACGCAACAGGAUACCCGGAGAGCCCGAGGUUCAAAAUGCCGAUAACGAGGCCAACGAUAAGAUCCCGGAAGAGGCUGAACUCAUCACCCAACCAGAUCGUCGGUCCAGAGUAGAAGCGACUGAAAAUGAAAAUUCCAGAAAACUGACCCCUCAUGUUCUCGCGGUAGAAGACGAGAUUUUUUUGGGUCCCCUCAAGCAAGAGGAUCUAAAAGAAGAAAAACGGAGUAUAUUUUCGAAAAUCGCGGACAGUCUCGAUCUCGAUCUACUGCGGAACAAUCACUUUCUGGUCAUCAUCUUGGGAAUGGGAAUAACUCUGGUUUCGGAGUUGAAUUUCUCUUUGAUGAUGCCCAUCGUAUUGGCAGAGCUGGCAGAACUCGUGCCUGGGGAUAUCGCAACGGUGAUGUCUGUCCAAGCCUCGGCCGACAUUACCGGAAGACUUUGCGUCCCACUGGUAGCUCAGAAGUUCGGAUGGUCGUCUAAAAACCUCUACGCGGUCUCGUUGCUCGGAUCUAUUACCGGCCGAACGAUUCUGGCCUUCUGGAGCAGCUCUUACGCCGGGAUCAUCGCGAUUUCUCUACUCCUUGGAGUCGCCAAAGGCACCAAAGCCGUAUUCCAAGCACUGGUAGUCCCGGACAACGUCCCUCUCGUUAAAUUACCAGCAGCUUCCGGUCUGCUGAUGGUUUGCAACGGUGUAUUAUCCAUGGCACUCGGACCGCUGAUAGGUCUGGUUCACGAUAAAACACAUAGUUACGUGAUGGCUCUUCAUUUCACUUCUAUCCUGAGUCUUUCAUGCAUCGUUCUUUGGAUCAUCGAAUAUUUCUGCUGCUCUGGUCGGGCAGCGGAUAAGAAGAACGUUACGAAUGAGGAAACCCCUGCUGGAGAUUAGUCAGUUUUAUGCAAUAACGUGCCAUAAAAUUUAUCUCAUGCAAACAGAAACUAAAAAAUAAAAAAAAAAAAGACAAGGCAAGACUGUGCUCAACGAUAAAGUGUCGAGAAAAAUUGAUGCGACUUUAUCUGAACGAUACAAAUAUGGUGAUAGUAAUGAUUUGUAAUGAUUAAUAAUGAUUUGUUAAUUGAAUUUAAUUAUUAUUUAGUUACGUGUAAAUAGAAUAGUAUAAUGGUAUUGCGUGAAGAGGUAACUUGGAAAUUGCUGAAAAAUUUCUGUAAAAUAAAUUGUCGUGUAGAACACGACUGCUGACGAUGUA